UGGUGAUUGAAUUCAUAUUUGGAUUUCGGUUGAGUUCGAUGGAAACGUUCGUAUAAAAUACGAGCUGCGCGCGUAUUUCGUGUGUGCGCGCACAGUAUAUAUUAAUCCAUCCAUAUAUCUAUAUCGUUUGUGACAAGUCUGAUAAAAGUUCUAUGUGGCGUGUGAAUAAAAUUGUGAGAGAGUGAGAGAGAAAAAGGGAGAAGAAUAACGCCAAAACGAAAAAAAUCAAGUUCCAACUAAAAAAAAGAGAGAAGAAACCAAACCAAAAAAAAGUGUCCAAAACCGUGUGGUUAUCGACAGUGGAAAAGAAUCAAUUAAUUUAAGUCAUGCCUAAUCAUUUUGCGCCGAAUGGUAAUUAGCCCCGGAAAUAAAACCAAAAUAAUCUUAUCAAGUGUCAACAAUUUCCAUCCCGCCUAAUGUAAAAGUUCACAUGGAAUUUCGUUGUUUCAAAACCAAAUUAAAAUAAAAAAAAGCCCAAUUCCUUAAUCGAAAAGUAUAGCGGUACGAAGAAAAAAGCAAAAAACAUUUACGAAUUAAAGUGAAGUGAGUUUGACGUUCAGCUGAACAAUGGCUGAAGCGGAAGGAGGAUCGGAGCAGGAUGAUGUCUCGUUCUUGCGUACGGAAGACAUGGUGUGCUUAUCAUGCACCGCCACCGGAGAACGUGUCAUGCUUGCGGCCGAAGGUUUUGGCAAUCGUCAUUGUUUCCUCGAGAAUAUUGCCGAUAAAAAUGUGCCACCCGAUUUGUCGCAGUGCGUGUUUGUCAUCGAACAGGCGUUAUCAGUGCGUGCAUUGCAAGAAUUGGUCACGGCCGCUGGUUCCGAAUCGGAGGGUGAAUCGUUAGGCAAAGGCACUGGAUCUGGUCAUCGAACGCUACUUUAUGGCAAUGCAAUUCUUUUGCGUCAUCAGAACAGUGAUAUGUAUUUGGCUUGUUUGUCGACGUCUUCAUCGAACGAUAAGCUAUCCUUUGACGUUGGUUUGCAGGAGCACAGUCAAGGCGAAGCCUGUUGGUGGACUGUUCAUCCAGCCAGCAAACAACGUUCAGAAGGUGAAAAAGUUCGUGUUGGUGAUGAUUUGAUUUUGGUCUCUGUUGCCACCGAACGUUACUUGCACUCAACGAAAGAGAAUGACCAAUCGAUUGUAAACGCUAGUUUCCAUGUCACACAUUGGUCGGUACAACCGUAUGGAACUGGAAUUUCGCGCAUGAAAUACGUCGGUUUCGUAUUUGGUGGUGAUGUCUUGCGAUUUUUACACGGUGGCGAUGAGUGUCUAACGAUACCGGGAACAUGGUCAAGAGAACCCGAUCAGAACAUUGUGAUUUAUGAAGGUGGUUCAGUUAUGUUACAAGCACGAUCGCUAUGGCGUCUCGAACUUGCGCGCACCAAAUGGUCUGGCGGUUUCAUCAACUGGUGUCAUCCAAUGCGAAUUCGACACAUUACAACCGGUCGAUACUUGGGUGUGAAUGAAAAUAAUGAGCUUUGCUUGGUGAAACAACAAGAUGCAAGCAUCGCAGCCACAACGUUCCGUCUGAGACAGUCAAAAGAUGAAGCGAUCAAGGAUAAGCUUGAGGACAAGGACUUAGAGGUGAUUGGUGCUCCAAUCAUUCGAUACGGUGACACAGCUGUCAUUCUACAGCAUUGCGACUCCGAACUGUGGCUCAGUUACAAAAGUUACGAAACGAAACGGAAAGGCGUUGGCAAAGUGGAAGAGAAACAAGCCAUUUUACACAUUGAAGGUAAAAUGGAUGAUUUUCUUGUUUUUGCGCGAUCGCAAGAGGAGGAAUCGAAAACAGCACGAGUUAUUCGAAAAUGCAGCAGUCUAUUCACAAAGUUCAUUAAUUCAUUGGAAACAUUGCAACAAAACCGUCGUCAUUCGAUGUUCUUCCUGUCAGUGAAUUUAGGCGAAAUAGUCAUGUGUUUAGAGGAUUUAAUCACUUACUUUUGCCAACCGGAAGAUAAUAUGGAACACGAGGAAAAACAAAACCGUUUUCGUGCCUUACGCAAUCGUCAAGAUCUGUUCCAAGAAGAAGGUGUUCUGAAUCUCAUUCUAGAGGGCAUCGACAAAAUGAAUGUGAUUACAUCACAGGGUUUUUUGGCCGGUUUUUUGGUUGGCGACGAAAGUGGCACGAAUUGGGAUUUGAUUACGGGAUAUUUAUAUCAAUUGUUAGCGGCUAUCAUCAAGGGCAAUCACACCAAUUGCGCCCAAUUCGCCAAUACAAAUCGAUUGAAUUGGCUAUUUUCACGGCUGGGCUCGCAAGCAUCGAGCGAAGGAUCCGGUAUGCUUGACGUAUUGCAUUGUGUAUUGAUUGAUUCACCGGAAGCAUUGAAUAUGAUGCGAGACGAACAUAUCAAAGUUAUCAUCAGUUUGCUUGAGAAGCACGGCCGUGAUCCAAAAGUAUUGGAGGUUUUAUGCUCACUGUGUGUGGGCAAUGGAGUUGCUGUACGUUCGUCGCAAAAUAACAUUUGCGAUUAUCUAUUGCCCGGCAAAAAUUUGCUGCUUCAAACGCAGCUAGUCGACCAUGUGGCGAGCAUUCGUCCAAAUAUUUUUGUGGGUCGUGUUGACGGCUCGGCAACAUAUCAAAAAUGGUAUUUUGAAGUGACAAUGGAUCAUAUUGAGCAAAAAACGCACAUGACACCGCAUUUAAGAAUUGGUUGGGCCAACACAACGGGAUAUGUGCCAUAUCCGGGUGGUGGCAAGAAAUGGGGCGGCAAUGGUGUUGGCGAUGACCUGUAUUCAUUUGGUUUUGACGGUGCAUUUCUUUGGACCGGCGGCAAAAAGACGGCUGUUCUCCAGGAUAUACCGCUUGAACCGUACAUUCGCAAAGGAGACGUUAUCGGCGUUGCACUUGACUUAAAUGUGCCCAUCAUUUAUUUCACAUUCAAUGGCCUCAAAGUGAAAGGAACGUUCCGUAAUUUCAAUCUCGAUGGAAUGUUCUUCCCAGUCAUGAGUUGCUCAUCAAAACUCAGUUGUCGCUUUUUGCUUGGUGGAGAUCAUGGUCGUUUGAAAUACGCACCUCCAUUUGGAUUUUCACCAUUAGUUCAAUGCCUGAUGCCACAUCAAAUAUUGAGUUUGGAUCCAUGCUUUUAUUUUGGCAAUUUGAACAAAAACGUUAUCGCCGGCCCAUGGCUUAUCGAAGACGAUACAGCAUUCGUUCCGAAUCCAGUCGAUACGUCAACAGUAACUUUGCCAUCGUCUGUCGAUACAAUCAAGGAUAAAUUGGCUGAAAAUAUCCAUGAGAUGUGGGCAUUGAAUAAAAUUGAAGCCGGUUGGAUGUGGGGAGAACGUCGUGAUGAUCUUCAUCGUAUUCAUCCGUGCUUAACGCAUUUCGAUAAAUUGCCCGCCGCCGAAAAACGAUACGAUUGCCAAUUGGCCGUACAAACAUUGAAAACAAUAAUUGCCAUUGGUUACUACAUAACAAUGGAUAGGCCACCGGCAAGAAUCCGUCCGAUUCGUUUGCCGAACGAACCGUUCAUGCAAGCGAACGGUUACAAACCGGCGCCACUUGAUUUAAGUGCCGUUACAUUAACGCCAAAACUUGAAGAGUUGGUCGAUCAGCUGGCCGAAAAUACGCACAAUUUAUGGGCAAAAGAACGUAUACAACAAGGUUGGACCUAUGGAUUGAAUGAGGAUUCCGAAACGUUGCGUAGUCCCCAUUUAGUUCCGUAUAGCAAAGUCGAUGAUGCAAUUAAGAAAGCCAAUCGAGAUACGGCCUCCGAAACGGUUCGAACCCUUUUGGUGUACGGUUACAAUUUGGAUCCACCGACCGGUGAAGGUAACGAAGCGUUGCUUGCUGAGGCAUUACGCCAGAAAUUUUCCGCAUUUCGCACGUAUCGAGUGGAGAGAAAUUAUUCGGUAACAUCCGGAAAAUGGUAUUUUGAAUUUGAAGUGCUCACAACGGGCCCAAUGAGAGUUGGUUGGGCACGCGCUGAUGCCAAUCCAGGUGUGAUGCUUGGUGCUGAGGAUUCAUCAUGGGCAUUCGAUGGCUAUAAUGAAGAAAAAGUGUAUGCCGGCUCGUACGAGUCAUUUGGCAAACAAUGGCAACCAGGCGAUGUAGUUGGCGUCUUCCUUGAUUUGGUCGAUCAUACAAUCAGUUUCUCGUUGAAUGGAGAACUAUUGAUGGAUGCACUUGGUGGUGAAACCACAUUUGCUGAUGUAACGGCUGCCGAGGGUGUUGGUUUUGUGCCCGCAUUCACACUUGGCGUUGGACAAAAAGCGCGCCUUGUCUAUGGCCAAAAUGUUGAUUCGCUGAAAUACUUUACCACUUGCGGUUUACAGGAAGGUUACGAACCAUUUUGUGUAAACAUGCGGCGACCAGUUACACAUUGGUAUACAAAAGAGCAGCCAAUUUUCGAGAAUACCGAAGAAAUGAUUGAUUGUCGCAUUGAUGUAACACGUAUCCCGGGUGGUGCUGACACACCGCCAUGCCUGAAAAUUUCGCACAACACAUUUGAAACGAUGGAAAAAGCGAAUUGGGAAUUUUUGCGUUUAUCACUUCCGGUUACGUGUAGCGCUGAUUUUAUUCCGGAACAAGAAAAGGCACGACGAUGGGAAGAAAUUAAGCUGCGUCAACAUCGUUUAGCGGCUGAAGUAGAAAGACAAGAAUCCAUGCAGAAUCCAUCGCAUAUGGAUCACAUCAUGCAGGGCGGUUUUACAAUGAAUGAUAUCAAAGGAUUGCAUCGUUUUGGUGAGGAAGCCGUCGAAGCUGAUGAACAAAUGAUGAUGAAUCCAUCGCGUCCACCACGAAAGGGAUCGGUGAGCCGUGGCAGCCCAACGUAUGAUAUAAUGGCUCGAUCAACGAGCGCUUUAGACAUUGACACCUUCCACACGGAUGGCGAUGAUAAAUUGGAGAAGAAACGUGGUCGAAGUCCAUUUAAAUUUUUCAAGAAAGGUCGAAGUCAAAGCAAGGAUAAAAAGUCAAAAUCACCGCCUGAUCGCAAUAGAGGACGUGGAACAUCGGUCGGUCGAAGCACUUCACCACAAGGAUUGAGAGCUCCAACGGUUCGCAUAUCUGAUGCUGAUUUGCGUGGAGGUCCACCGCCACAGUUAGAACGACCAAGCAACAAAACGAUGACAAUAAGUAAUCUAAGUUCUCAGGGCAUUGAAUCGAUUGGCAAUGAAGUUUAUGAUGCUGAGUGCCUUAAAAUGAUCAACGAAUACUUCUACGGUGUUCGAAUUUUUCCCGGACAAGAUCCAACGCAUGUUUACGUUGGCUGGGUAACAACGCAAUAUCAUUUGCACAGCAAAGAAUUCAAUCGCGACAAAGUGCGACGUAUUUCGGUAUUCAUGGAAGAUGAAUAUGAGCAGCCAAUUGAUCGUGUUGAUCGGCAAAGUUGCUAUAUGGUCCGUGCUGACGAACUGUUUAAUGAAGUGUCACAAGAUGCAUCCGGAAAAGGUGCUACGCAAGGCAUGUUUGUUGGUUGUUUCGUCGACACAGCCACUGGUACCAUCAAAUUCACGUGCGAAGGAAAAGUCACUUCACAUCGUUGGCAAAUGGAACCGGACACCAAACUUUUCCCAGCCAUUUUCGUUGAGGCGACCAGCAAGGAAAUUCUUCAAAUUGAAUUGGGCCGAACACCGACAACACUUCCACUUUCAGCGGCCGUUUUACCAACCAGCGAUAAGCAUGUGAAUCCACAGUUUCCACCACGUCUCAAAGUUCAGUGCCUGAAACCACAGCAAUGGGCUCGUGUACCAAAUCAAACGCUUCAAGUGCACGCACUCAAAUUGUCCGAUCUUCGCGGUUGGUCAAUGCUUUGCGAAGAUCCCGUGUCAAUGCUUGCACUUCAUAUUCCAGAAGAAGAUCGAUGCAUUGACAUUCUUGAGCUUAUCGAACUGGAUAAGUUGCUCGCCUUCCAUUCGUAUACACUUACACUGUAUGCAGCACUCUGUUUCCAAUCGAACUACCGAGCUGCCCAUGCUCUAUGCUUGCAUGUCGAUCAAAAGCAAUUACUCUAUGCCAUCAAAUCGGAGUACAUGAGCGGACCUCUGCGGCAAGGUUUCUACGACUUGUUGAUUGCACUCCAUUUGGAAUCACAUGCCAACACGAUGGAAGUGUGCAAGAAUGAGUUCAUCAUCCCACUUGGAACCGAAUUAAUCGAUAUGUACGGAGAUGAAGAAAUGAGGCAUUCGUUACGAUCACUAAAAACUGAAUCCGUCCUGCCGCAGCUUCGUAUGACGGAUAUAGUAGAUAUAUAUAGCCAACCUCAAAUUAUACCUUCAGCAAAUGAAAAUGCUUUCAGUGAACCGAUACCAACCAUCGAUGCACUCUACUCGCCCAAAUUCCCAUUGGAAGAGGUACGGGAUUUUGUGAUGGAAGCAUUGCUCGAAGCGGUCGAAGUGAAUCAAGUGCACAAUCGUGAUCCGAUCGGAUGGUCAAAUGAAAAUCUCUUUUUGCCAUUAUUGAAGUUAAUCGAUCGUUUGUUGCUGGUUGGAAUCGUAACGGAUAAUGAUGUGCAAAAGUUAUUGAUUAUGAUUGAUCCGGAAACGUGGAAUUCCGAUUUCGAUGUAGAGGGUAAAGAUGAGCAUCGCAAAGGAUUGCUAACAAUGAAAAUGGCCGAAGGUGCCAAAUUGCAAAUGUGCUAUUUGCUGCAUCAUUUCAGCGAUAUUCAAUUGAGACAUCGUGUCGAAAGUAUUGUUGCAUUUUCGCAUGAUUUCGUUGGUGAUUUGCAAACCGAUCAGUUGCGUCGUUACAUUGAGAUAAAACAGUCUGAUUUACCAAGUGCCAUAGCGGCAAAGAAAACACGUGAAUACCGUUGCCCGCCGCGCGAACAAAUGAAUGCCAUUUUAGGUUUCAAAGAAUUGGAACCAGAUGAUAUCGAGAAUUGCCCGUGUGGCAUUGAAUUAAAGAAUAGUUUCCUUGAAUUUCAUGAGAAUCUAUUGACGAAAGUUUCAUUGACCGCCCUAGAAGAACCGGAAGAACCAGAUGAAACAAACGAAGAAAAGCCAUCCGCAUUGACGAAACUGUACAAUUUAAUAAAUGCUGUAAAAGAUGCCGAUGAAAAAGUGGAAGAACUAUCGAAAGAGCCAGAGAAGAAGACACCGGAGGAAAACUUUCGCAAAGUAUUGAUUAGAACGAUUGUCGGCUGGGCAGGCGAAUCACAAAUUGAAAAUCCGACAUUGAUACGCGAAAUGUUUAGUUUGCUAGUGCGUCAGUACGAUACAGUGGGUGAAUUGAUACGCGGAUUGGAAAAAACCUAUGUCAUCAAUAGCAAGACGAAGGUGGAUGUGGCUGGUAUGUGGAUUGGAUUAAGUCAAAUACGUGCCUUAUUGCCGGUACAAAUGAGCCAAGAAGAAGAGGAAUUGAUGCGAACACGCUUAUGGAAAUUGGUGAACAACCAUACAUUCUUCCAGCAUCCGGAUUUGAUUCGCAUUUUGCGCGUUCACGAAAACGUAAUGGCGGUGAUGAUGAACACACUGGGUCGUCGAGCUCAAGCGCAAAGCGAUGCACCGACCAUUACUGAAGGUGGUGAAAUGCCGGUCAAAGAAAAGGAUACGUCCCACGAAAUGGUUGUGGCUUGUUGUCGUUUCCUUUGCUAUUUCUGUCGAACCAGUCGUCAAAAUCAAAAGGCGAUGUUUGAUCAUUUCGAUUUCCUGCUAGAAAAUUCAAAUAUUUUGCUGUCACGACCCAGUUUACGUGGAUCAACGCCACUCGAUGUGGCCUAUUCAAGUUUAAUGGAAAAUACGGAGUUGGCACUUGCGCUACGUGAACAUUAUUUGGAAAAAAUUGCCGUUUAUUUGUCACGUUGUGGACUGCAAAGCAACUCAGAAUUGAUUGAAAAGGGUUAUCCGGAUUUGGGCUGGGAUCCAGUUGAAGGUGAACGUUACUUAGAUUUUCUUCGGUUCUGUGUUUGGGUGAACGGCGAAUCGGUGGAAGAAAAUGCCAAUUUGGUGAUUCGUUUGUUGAUUCGACGACCAGAAUGUUUGGGACCGGCAUUGCGUGGCGAAGGUGAAGGUUUAUUGCGUGCAAUCAUUGAUGCAAAUAAAAUGUCCGAGCGCAUUUCCGAUCGCCGUAAAUUGCAAGAUGAAGCCGAAGGAACAAUGAACGGAUUGAACUUUGUUCAUCCAUUGCCCGAAGGUGACGACGAUGAAGAUUACAUUGAUACGGGUGCAGCUAUUUUAAGUUUUUACUGUACACUCGUCGAUUUGUUGGGACGUUGUGCUCCAGAACCAUCGGUCAUUGACCAAGGCAAAAAUGAGUCGCUUCGGGCUCGUGCCAUUUUGAGAUCAUUGGUUCCAUGUGAAGAUUUACAAGGUGUUUUGAGCCUAAAAUUCACACUACAUCAACCGGCACCAGGUGAGGAUAGACCAAAAUCCGAUAUGCCAUCCGGAUUGUUACCGGGUCACAAACAAAGCAUCGUUCUUUUCUUGGAACGUGUUUACGGAAUCGAAACGCAUGAUCUUUUCUAUCGCAUUCUUGAAGAUGCAUUCUUACCGGACUUGAGAACAGCCACCAUGCUCGAUAAGAAUGAUGGAAGCGAAAGCCAAAUGGAGCUAUCAAUGAACCGUUACAUUGGACUCUCAAUACUACCACUGCUCAUCAAACACUCGAAAUUUUACCAAGAAGCGGAGAAUUAUGGCAGUCUAUUGGAUGCCACACUGCACACAGUCUAUCUAUUGUCAAAGAAUCGAAUGUUAACAAAGGGACAGCGUGAAGCUGUGUCUGAUUUCUUGGUUGCCUUAACAGCGUCAAUGCAACCAGCUAUGCUGUUGAAACUAUUGCGUAAGCUGACUGUUGAUGUGUCCAAAUUGUCUGAGUAUACAACGGUUGCACUGCGGCUAUUGACACUGCACUACGAACGAUGUGCAAAAUAUUAUGGUUCAAGUCAUGGUCAGGCCACAUACGGAGCAGCAUCGGACGAAGAAAAACGAUUGACAAUGAUGUUGUUCUCCAAUAUUUUCGAUUCACUCAGUAACAUGGACUAUGAUCCAGAAUUAUUUGGUAAAGCAUUGCCAUGUCUAAUUGCAAUCGGUUGUGCAUUGCCACCCGAUUAUUCGUUGCCACAAAAAUCGGACGAUGAUUUCUAUGGCAAAAAUUCCGGUAAUCCAGAUCAACCGCAAUACCGGCCCGAACCAAUCAACACAUCGAUGAUUUCACUCGAUAAUGAUUUGAAUUCGAUCGUGCAAAAAUUCAGCGAACACUAUCAUGAUGCGUGGGCAAGCCGAAAAAUGGAAACUGGUUGGACGUAUGGCGAUUCAUGGUCAGAUGCAAAUAAAACACAUCCACGGCUUAAACCAUAUAGUAUGCUAAAUGACUAUGAACGCGAGCGCUACAAGGAACCAGUGAGGGAGAGUUUGAAGGCAUUGCUCGCUUUGAACUGGACCGUUGAGCACGCCGAUGUUGAUGCACCGCCAUCACAUCGUGGAUCAACGAGACGCCAAUCGAAACCAAAUAUUCAUGAGGAUUUCCGGGAUUUCCAGAGUGAUGGCAACGCAUUUAACUACAAUCCACAUCCGGUUGAUAUGACGAACUUGACAUUGAAUCGUGAAAUGCAAAAUAUGGCCGAGAGAUUGGCCGAAAAUUCGCAUGACAUUUGGGCGAAGAAGAAACGUGAGGAGAUUGAUACAUGCGGUGGUGCUAUUCAUCCGCAACUGGUUCCAUACGAUCUGUUGACCGACAAAGAGAAACGCAAGGAUCGUGAGCGAUCACAAGAAUUCUUGAAGUAUAUGCAGUAUCAAGGAUUGAAGCUUCACAAGCCAUGCCGAGUGGAUACCAAUUUGGAGGGUGAGCAGGCCGCAACCCAAGCAGCAAUCGAAUUGCGCUUCUCAUAUUCAUUGCUCGAGAAGCUCAUUGCAUAUUUGGAUCGUGCAACAAUCAAUAUGAAACUAUUGAAACCAUCGGCAACAUUCAGUCGUCGUUCGUCAUUCAAAACGGCAUCCAGAGACAUUAAAUUCUUCUCAAAAGUCGUAUUGCCAUUGAUCGAAAAGUAUUUCUCGACGCAUCGCAGUUAUUUCAUAGCCGUUGCAACAGCGACCAACAAUAUCGGUGCCGCUUCGUUGAAGGAAAAAGAAAUGGUUGCGGCCAUUUUCUGUAAAUUGGCCAAUCUGUUGCGCCAGCGUUUGUCUGCAUUCGGACCGGAUAUUCGAAUAACGGUACGAUGCUUGCAAGUGUUGGUGAAAGGUAUCGAUGCAAAGUCAUUGGUCAAGAAUUGUCCCGAAUUCAUUCGUACAUCGAUGUUGACAUUCUUCAACACCACGGCCGACGAUUUGAGUCAAACGAUUAUCAACUUGCAGGAGGGAAAAUACAGCCACUUGCGAGGUACACACUUAAAAACAUCCACCUCUCUGUCGUAUGUAAACCAGGUGAUAAUGCCGGUGUUAACAUCGAUGUUUGAUCAUUUGGCCGCAUGCGAUUAUGGAAGCGAUUUACUUUUGGAUGAAAUUCAAGUGGCAUCGUACAAGAUUUUAGCCGCAUUGUACACACUGGGCACGGACAGUACAUUGACCAAUGAUCGUAAAUAUCUGAAGACCGAAAUUGAACGCAGCCGACCAAGUUUGGGAACAUGUUUGGGCGCGUUUAGCUCCACAUUUCCGGUUGCAUUCUUGGAACCGCAUCUCAAUAAACACAAUCAAUUUUCGCUGCUUAAUCGCAUUGCCGAUCAUUCGCUGGAGGCGCAGGAUAUUAUGGUGCGAAUGGAGAGUUCAAUGCCAAAUUUAGAAUCGAUUCUAACCGAAGUCGACCAAUUUGUUGAAUCGGAUAAAACAUACAUUGAUGCUCCGCACAUAAUUGAUGUUAUUUUACCAUUGCUGUGUGCAUAUUUACCGUUUUGGUGGUCACAGGGACCGGAUAAUGUUUCACCAACAAGUGGCAACCAUGUUACAAUGGUGACCGCCGAUCAUAUGAAUGUUUUGCUGAAAAACGUACUGAAAAUGAUUAAAAAGAACAUUGGCAACGAAAAUGCACAGUGGAUGACCCGAAUCGCCGCAUACACACAACAGAUUAUCAUUAAUAGCUCGGAAGAAUUGCUCAUCGAUCCAUUUUUGCCGCUGGCCGAACGUGUCAAAAAGCGUACCGACAAUAUGUUCCACAAGGAGGAAGGCAUGCGUGGUUUUAUUAAAUCGGCAAACGACGAUACAUCACAAAUCGAAUCUCAAAUCCAAAAUGAUUGGCAACUUUUAGUGCGUGAUAUUUAUUCAUUCUAUCCGUUACUUAUUAAAUAUGUCGAUUUGCAACGCAAUCACUGGCUCAAGAAUAACAUCCACGAAGCUGAAGAGCUGUACAAUUAUGUGGCGGAAAUUUUUAACGUUUGGUCAAAGAGUCAGUACUUCUUAAAGGAAGAGCAAAACUUUAUAUCGGCCAAUGAAAUCGAUAAUAUGACAUUGAUUAUGCCGACGGCAACACGACGACCAAUCUCCGAUGGAGCUCCGGUGACUGGCGGAAAAGUGAAGAAGAAGAAGAAACAUCGCGAGAAGAAACGGGACAAAGACAAGGAAGUACAAGCCAGUUUAAUGGUGGCUUGCUUGAAACGUCUUUUGCCAGUCGGUUUGAAUUUGUUCGCUGGCCGAGAACAAGAGCUCGUUCAACAUUGUAAAGAUCGAUAUCUUAAGAAAAUGCCGGAAAGUGAGGUCAUUGAAUUUGCUCGCACACAACUCACAUUGCCAGAUAAGCUCGAUCCUGCCGACGAAAUGUCGUGGCAACACUAUCUGUACUCAAAAUUAGGAAAGGACCAGACCUCGGAAGAGAUUAUUGAAAAACCACCGGCGGGCGCCACCGAAAAGAUUAAAACCAAAGAUCAAAUCAUCCAAGAGACAGUCGAACGCAUUGUAGCAAUGGCUAAAGUUUUAUAUGGACUUCACAUGAUUGAUCAUCCCCAACAACAAAGUAAAAACGUUUAUCGAAGUGUCGUUUCAAUACAAAGAAAACGAGCUGUUAUCGCUUGUUUCCGCCAAAUUCCAAUACAUUUACUGCCAAGACAUCGUGGAUGCAACAUCUUUGCCCGAACCUAUUACGAAUCAUGGUUGCAGGAUGAAAAUAUUGGACAAGAAAUGUUGAUUGACGUUUUAACGCAAACGUUCGAAGAAGCGGAAAAGAAAAAGAAAGAUGACUUAUGCGAUCAAGGCAAACCAGAUCCAUUGUCCCAAUUGGUGAUAACAUUCUGUCGUAAUGCAAUGGCUGAACGUAGCGGUGCACUUCAAGAAGAUCCAUUAUAUAUGUCGUAUGCACAAAUUGUGGCUAAAUCAUGCGGCGAAGAACAGGAGGAUGAUGGUGGUGGCGAAGGUGAUGCCAGCAUUCAUGAGCAAGAAAUGGAAAAGCAAAAACUUUUGUUCCAUCAAGCUCGGCUGGCCAAACGUGGAGUUGCUGAAAUGGUGUUACUUCAUAUAUCAGCAUCAAAAGGUAUACCGAGCGAUAUGGUCAUGACAACAUUGGAAUUGGGUAUUGCUAUAUUGCGUGGCGGUAAUAUCGACAUUCAAAUGGGCAUGUUGAAUCAUUUGAAGGAGAAAAAAGAUGUUGGCUUUUUCACAUCAAUCGCCGGACUGAUGAACUCGUGCAGCGUUUUAGAUCUGGAUGCAUUUGAACGGAACACCAAAGCCGAAGAGUAUAUUCCGAGUGCGGGUUCAGGUCUAGGUGUUGGUUCGGAAGGAGCGGCUGGCGAGAAAAAUAUGCACGAUGCUGAAUUUACAUGCGCCCUAUUUCGAUUCAUUCAACUCACUUGUGAAGGUCACAACUUGGAAUGGCAAAACUAUUUGCGAACACAAGCUGGUAAUACAACGACGGUGAAUGUUGUCAUCUGUACGGUGGAUUAUUUGUUGCGAUUGCAAGAAUCUAUCAUGGAUUUCUAUUGGCAUUAUUCGAGUAAAGAGGUGAUCGAUCAGGCAGGCAAAUUGAAUUUCUUCAAAGCGAUCGGUGUGGCCAGUCAAGUAUUCAACACGUUGACUGAAGUCAUUCAAGGACCAUGUACACUGAAUCAACAGGCAUUGGCACAUUCACGUCUAUGGGAUGCGGUCGGCGGUUUUCUCUUCUUAUUCUCACACAUGCAAGACAAACUAUCGAGACACUCGAGCCAAAAUGAUUUGCUCACCGAACUGAAUAAUCUGCAAAAAGAUAUGAUUACAAUGAUGUUGUCGAUGCUGGAAGGAAAUGUCGUCAAUGGCACCAUUGGAAAGCAAAUGGUCGACACAUUGGUCGAAUCAGCGUCGAAUGUUGAAUUGAUUUUGAAAUAUUUCGAUAUGUUCUUGAAAUUGAAAGAGUUGACAACAUCGGCAUCAUUCGGCGCCGAAAUCGAUCCCAACGGCGAUGGAUGGGUCGAAACAAAGGAUUUUAAAGAGAAAAUGGAACAAACCAAAAAUUACACACCCGAGGAGAUCGAUUUUCUGUUGGCCUGCAUGGAAGUCAAUCACGACGGAAAAGUUGAUUACGAAGCAUUCGCUGACCGUUUCCAUGAGCCAGCCACUGAAAUCGGUUUCAAUUUGGCGGUUCUGUUGACAAAUCUCUCAGAGCAUAUGCCAAAUGAGCCACGAUUAGCCCGAUUCUUGGAGACAGCCGGUUCGGUAUUGAAUUAUUUCGAACCGUUUUUAGGACGUAUUGAAAUUAUGGGUGGCUCUAAGCGAAUUGAACGUGUCUAUUUUGAAAUCAAAGAUUCAAACAUUGAACAAUGGGAGAAACCACAAAUUAAGGAAUCAAAACGUGCAUUCUUCCAUUCGAUUGUAACGGAAGGUGGUGACAAAGAGAAGCUCGAAGCGUUUGUUAACUUCUGCGAAGAUGCUAUUUUCGAAAUGACACAUGCAUCAAAUCUCAUGGCAACGGACGAUAAUACAAGUAACACGAAAAAAGAAGCCAAAUACAGCACAUACAUCAGCGAAGAAGAUGAAGAACGAGCGGCCAGAGAUCCAAUCCGACGAAGUGUGCAAGGUGCAAAGAAUGCCUUUAAAUACACCAUACACUUAUUUAGCCCAGCAAAUAUCAAACAUCAAUUGGGUGUAAUGAAAACCAUGUCCAUACCGGAAUUGAUAAUUGGAUUCUUUAAGUCGAUAUUCUAUGCAUUCUAUUACUCGGGCUACGGUGUAAUGGCAAUCAUUAAAUAUUUGUUGAUAAAUGUGUUGAUGUCAUUGAUGCGUGGACCAGCUGAAGAAGUGAUUGAAGAAGCUCCAAUUGAAGAGGAUAAAUUUUCCAUGAAAGCGUUAGCACUGCCGGCCGAAGAGACAUCGACAACAAUGCAGGCAUUCGGAUUGGAUAUAAGUAAAGAGGAAAAUGGACAAUUCAAAAUGGCACCGCACGAAUCAUCGCAACCAAGUCCAACUGCUUCGGAAGAAACGGGCGAGAGUACGCCUGAAGAAGGUGGUGAACAAACGGAUCCAUCUGCCGAAGUGGAACAACCAAUGACUUUGGUCGAUUUGUUGGGUGGAGAAGCGGCAAAGCGAGCAGAUAUCGAACGUUCUGAGGCGCAAAAAGUGCAGGAAGCUGCGAUGGCAACAAUCGAAGCCGAAUCAAAGAAAACUGCACAACAAACUACCGAAACACCAGCCGUCGAACAAAUCGAUUUCUCCAAAUAUGCCCAUCGUGCUGUCAGCUUUUUGGCGCGAAAUUUCUACACUCUCAAAUAUUUGGCGUUGGUAUUGGCGUUUGGCAUCAAUUUCAUGUUGUUAUUCUAUAAAGUUACGUCAUACGCUGAAGAGGGAGACGAAGAUGAAGAUGAUUUGCUUGGUUUUGGUUCUGGUUCUGGCAUACUCGAAGGAUCUGGUGGCUCGGGCAGUGGUGCUGGUGAUGAUGAAGACGAUGAUCCAAUGGAAGCGGUACAUGUGGAUGAAGAUUUCUUUUACAUGGAACAUGUGCUACGCGUGGCCGCAUUGUUGCACAGUUUAUGCUCGUUAUGCAUGUUAAUCGCCUAUUAUCACCUUAAAGUGCCAUUGGCCAUUUUCAAACGGGAAAAAGAAAUUGCACGACGAUUGGAAUUCGAUGGUUUAUUCAUUGCCGAGCAACCGGAAGACGAUGACAUUAAAUCGCAUUGGGAUAAAUUGGUAAUAUCAGCAAAGAGUUUCCCAGUGAACUAUUGGGAUAAAUUUGUGAAGAAAAAAGUGCGCCAGAAAUACAGUGAAACGUAUGACUUUGAUAUGAUUUCAUUAUUGCUGGGAAUGGAAAAGACCACAAAUCUGCCGGUGCAGGAAGUUGAAUCGAGCGGUAUUAUUCAGUACAUAUUGACGAUCGAUUGGAGGUACCAUGUGUGGAAAGCGGGUGUAACCUUCACAGAUAAUGCCUUCCUCUAUGCACUGUGGUAUUUCACAUUUUCGGUGCUGGGUAAUUUCAACAAUUUCUUCUUUGCUGCCCAUUUGCUCGAUGUUGCCGUCGGUUUUAAGACAUUGCGUACGAUUUUGCAGUCGGUAACACACAACGGAAAACAGCUGGUAUUGACGGUCAUGCUGUUGACAAUUAUUGUGUACAUUUAUACGGUGAUUGCGUUCAAUUUCUUCCGUAAAUUUUACAUUCAGGAAGAGGAUGAAGAGGUGGACAAAAAGUGUCACGAUAUGUUAACAUGUUUUGUGUUCCAUUUGUAUAAGGGUGUACGGGCUGGUGGUGGUAUUGGUGAUGAAAUCGGUGAUCCCGAUGGCGAUGACUACGAAGUGUAUCGCAUCAUUUUCGAUAUCACAUUCUUCUUCUUUGUUAUUGUCAUUCUGUUGGCCAUCAUUCAAGGUUUGAUUAUUGAUGCAUUCGGUGAGCUUCGUGAUCAACUUGAAUCGGUCAAAGAAGAUAUGGAAUCGAAUUGCUUUAUUUGUACGAUGGAAAAGAGUUUCUUUGAUGCGGUACCGCAUGGUUUUGAUACGCACGUACAGCAAGAGCAUAAUUUAGCCAAUUACAUGUUCUUCUUGAUGCAUUUAAUCAAUAAGCCCGACACCGAGUACACCGGCCAGGAAACAUAUGUUUGGAACAUGUAUCAGCAACGUUGCUGGGACUUUUUCCCGGUCGGUGACUGUUUCCGGAAGCAAAACGAAGACAUAAAAGCUGGCGGUGGCGAAUAAUAACACACGCACACCACACACAACACACAACAAUACACCACAUUUAUUUUGCACAACCAUUUUACGUAUUAUUCAUUUUAUAUAAAUAGUUCUCUCUCUCUCUCUUUUUUUGUAAACAAAAACAAACUUUGUUUCAUCCAUUCGGCACGACGACGAAGACGACGGACGAACGAACGACGACGACAAGAACAACACAUCGACAAAUCAAAAAAAAAAAACAAAUUCAGUCAUCUUUUUAUAUGUACUUUCUUAUUUCUAAGCAAUUGAAGUUUUUUUUUUAAAUAUCAACACACACUCUCUUUAGGAACAAACGAAGAAAAAGAAAAUCAUACUAGUCAAAAUUUACAUCAGAUUAUGUUCAUAAAUUAUUCUCUCUCAAACACACACACGCAAUCAAUUGAAUUCAGUAAAAAUUCAAUUGAAACAUUUGUAAAAAAAAAAAAAAACAAAGCAAAUAUUUGGACUAAAGAAACAAGUGGACAUCACUGUUCAAUUAUUACUGAAAAUGUUAUUUAGUUAAGUUUAAGCGCAAUUCAGACAAUCGAUAAAUCUAUUCUAGACAUCAUUUAGCCAUUUCUAUUUCGCUGUUAGGAAUACGAUUCAUAUCAUCAAAUAAUUCUAGCAGUUCAAUCCUUUAUUUUCGUUUUCGGAUUGUUUUUCACCCUAUGGCUGGCUAAAAAACUAUCAUAUUGUAUUUUUCAACCACACUCAUACAUGGAAAAAACAACACUCUCUCUUCAAAAUCACGACCAAAUUAAUUUCACCUUCAAAAACGGUGACCAAGUGUAAAAAAUGAAAUACAAACCAAUAAGCCAUGAAAACAUUGCUGGUUCUUCAUAUAAACCAACAAUAAUAAUCCGACGUGGAUGAAUGACGAAAUGCUAUUUUUUUUUUAAAUAUAACUAUUAUGUUUUUGAUUCAACACACGUGUAUUUUCAUACAAGAACUUGUAAUUUUUCUCUCUUAUCGAUUCUAAUACAUAUUCAAUAAAAAAAAACAACGUGAGAAAAAGUUA